AUGACCAAAAGGCAACUCGGAAGUACCAAGCCAUACCAGCAGACUUUGCCCUCCAGACAAGUUCUACCUGUCGGCUUUAUGGGUGUAACAGAGGGAAUGGAACCACAUAAUGAGCAGAUUAGUUUCAGUGAAGUGGAUUUAAGCUCCACUGAUACAAAGACAAUAAGGACCAAAGACAACGCCAUUGAUCACAGUGACGUUCAAAAAACUUCUGCAUCAACCACAACCAACCCUAUCAGAAAAACAUAUCUUCAAAAUGUACCUCAACUUGACAAAAACGCCCCAGAUCCGUGUAAUGGCUGCCGCGAAGACAUCAAAAAAGUUCUGGGAAACUAUUCUCUGAACUGGAGAAAAAAUGUCACAAAACACCAAGAGCUCAGAGCAUCACUCAUCACAAACUGCAAUGGUUUUCAAAAGGCCUUUGUGACCCAGGCCAACAGUCCUUUAGCAACAUCUAUCAAGUACGACGGAGAAAACAGAGUCCGCACUAUAGAUGAAAAUCUUUUCAACAAUAUUCCAAAGGAAGUUAAAUUCUCUAACAAAGUACUAGACACAUGUUCUGUUGUUGGAAAUGGAGGGAUUUUGACCAACAGCAGCUGUGGAGAGGCCAUAGACUCUGCCCAGUUCGUGUUCAGAUGUAAUCUCCCUCCUCUGGACAAAGAAUAUGGGAAACACGUUGGAAGAAAGACCAACAUUGUGACCGCAAACCCCACCAUCAUUCAGAAGAAAUACAACAGUCUACAGCUUCGCCGUCGUCAGUUUGUGGAUGAUGUCAGUGUGUAUGGCGACUCUCUGCUGUUUCUUCCUGCCUUUUCCUUUGCGUUCUGCACUGGUUUGAGCAUGGCAGUCCACUACACUUUGGAGGACUUCAGGAGCUCAGUUAAACCUGUAUUUUAUAACCCGGAGUACCUCAAAAGCCUGGAUACAUUCUGGCGUUCACAGAAGCUCAACCCUGGUUACAGAAUAAGCACUGGGUUCAUGUUGGUUAGUUUAGCUCUGGAAAUCUGUAACAAUGUGGACGUGUAUGGGUUCUGGCCUUUUAAAUAUCACCCAUACAAUUUCCAGAUUACAACAAAUCACUAUUAUGAUGACCAAAAGGCAACUACUUUUCAUGCCAUGCCAGCCGAAUUUGCCUAUCUGAUAAAACUACACAAUGAAGGGGUGCUUAAGCUUCAUCUGGGAGAGUGCCCACCACAAAAAAAGGAAUGAAGGUUUUAUAUUGGUGUCCUCUAUACUGUUAAAGCCAGAGUAUGUAACUUUUUAUCCAAAAAAUAGAUUUGUGUGUAUUUCAUUGAAAACAUGAGUGAGUUUACAUCUCCAGAAAAUGGAUUCUUAUUUGUUGGCUUAUAGUGCAAAAUUCUGGGCUGAGUAGAAAUCAUCUUGUUGGGCCAUAUUACAUGUUCUGUAUAUGAAAACUGCAUAACAAAUUUAGUGAAGGCCCCCCUCCCCCCUUGCGACGCCCAAGCUUAUUUGGCCAUAUCUAUCUCCAUGAAAAAUGUUCCAAAAAUAUAGUUUUAACUUUUCUAUGGAAUCUUUCAGAAAGUUACACCCUGUGCCUUUAAAUGAAGGACAAGUGACAGAACAGAAAAGCCAUGUAUUCAACCAGUCAAAAGUUUGGACCCUCUUAGUCAGUGUUUUUUUAAUACGUUUACAAUUUUACUGUUUACUACUUUCUACAUUUGAUAUACACUACUCACAAUAAUUUUGUGAUAUUGUUAUUUACAAGCAACAUCUGACUGCCUGCCACCCCCCCCCAAAGGCGCACUCUGGCUAAGUGGCGCUGCUCGUCCAUUAAGUGACGUUGUGUGUUCAUGGCUGUUUGAAUUGUGAACUUGGAAUGGCUUGACAAUACCAGCUUUUUAUACCCACAGAAUGUUGAAAUUUAUGCCACAUUUAAAAGGGUUUUUGGCCCCAAUAUGUAUGGCACACUGUAUAUAGAGACCAUUACAUGAAAAAACAAAAUGAGGUGUAUCUAGCACCCCAAACACAAUUGCCUCCCUAUCCCAAAGAUUUCUGAAGUGAAAGAAACACCAUAUAUAUAUGACAUUCACUGACUCUGUCACAAUAUCCCUAACUUCUUGUGAGUAGUGUACAUGCAGAAGCCAUCAGCUAUAUGAAGCAAGAUGUAUGGAAUUAUGUAGCAAUAAAUAAAAAGUUAAACCACAUUACUGGGUACACACAGACACACAGACACAAUACAAUACAGCAAAAGCAUAGUCUGUAUACAACUAAAAGGACAAAGAUUGUCAAAACUAAAAUGACAAGGAAAUAC